AUGAUAUUAACGCACAUUGCUUCCUUCUCUAGGACUACGCACAAGAUCGUUUGGAAGGCACAAAACGGUCAGAUUGGUAGUGGACUAGACUCCGAUUUAUACCUUCAACCCGUUUUUGACAAGCGUUGUUCCCGCCGUCCCUUGAGAUUGGAAUCCACCCUUCACGAUGAUAUUGCAUUUGUUAACGAGACAUUUGACACAUUAAUAGAGGAUCUACGUGGGCUAGCAACGAAGUACUCAAUCGAAAGCUUCCUGCCACCUAACCUACGAAUAGAAGCCACCGGGACCGAUGACUACCAAGUUCCAUCCAAGUCCGACUCAUUCAGUGACUCAGAGGGACUCCAAGAAACGACUUUUCCAAAGACACAAAAUCAACGAUGUGAGGAUAUUGGAAUUACAGACUUUGAAGCCUGUCUCAACCGUUUGAAGGAGGAGUUGGCUUGGUUGCAGGACAAUGACCUUUACAUACCAAUCAUCGAUACACCAUCCAACUAUAUUUCCAAACUGGAUGGUCAAUUCUGGCUUUCACCAGGGACCUCUGGACCUAUUCGAAUGUGCUCAAAGUGGGUUAAAAAGAAAUCUCAAGAACUGGCAAAAUUGGACACUGCUCUAAAGGCUCACGAAAGACGCUCAGCCCAACUUUGCGCCAUCUCGGAGAAAGUGAGCUCAAGCUUAGAGGACAUGGAGGCAAGAAGACAACUCCACGAAGCAGCGGACGAGUUGCACGCCUGUAUGGAUGCGGCAAGAGGCAUGAUAGAUCGACGUCGUACUCGACUCAGUGAUUGGUUGUCCACUUGCACGGCUAUAGAGGCAGCCAUGUUGAUGGACUCGGACGGAGAAGAGGUGGAUAAGGAGGGGGAACAGGUGCUGCCUCAGUGGAUUGCAACAAUAAGGAAAAGGCUGGAAAAAUCCUCACCCAAUUUUGAUUCGCCCUCCUGUCAGAAGGAAUUGGAGCAAUUACGGAGUGAGUUUAGUCCAACCGGAAAUGGCACUGGGCAGAUUCUGCGAGUGGUUGAAGAGGCGUUUGAGAAUUAUCAGUCAGAUGCACGUCUUCCGCUCCAAUCUACGCAUCGUAACUGUGGGACUCCACAAUUGGAAGCUAGUGUGGUGAAGGACAUCGAAAAGAGCCUUACCGAGUGGAAGUUAGUCUGUCGUCUCCUUCGAAUUGACCAGGCUGGGAAAAUUAUACCACCUACGUCUCAUGCACAUCAGGCUUCAAUGUCAUUUCCGGAUCCAAAUCUGGAAGCCUCGGUCCGAAAGCUUGCUUUCUGGUUAGACACGGUUUCUGGCUACCUCAACUCCACUGUUGCAUGUCUUGGUGGGGACUUUAACCAAAACGCCGUAAUAGCUCACAUCAAGAAUCGUGUCGGUGAUAGGACAUCCUAUACAGUUCGGUCCCUCUAUCCGGCAGUCAUUCAAAUCCAACUCCAACAAUAUGCCAUCGAGUUGGACGCUCGUAAGCCACAACUCGACAAAUUGGCAAUCGAAACAGAACGAUUAGGCGAGGAAUUACGUACCACUUACAACACCUCUGCUGGCCAACUUUCUGCUAUGGGCAAGUCCUCUCAUUCCUCCUCCCCUCCUUGCUCCACCUCCUUUACUCUCCUCCAUUUUUACAUAUUCAGAUUCCAUCUGAGCUACUUCUUUCUCUCCCCCUCUCCUCCUUGUGAAGCUCCCACUCCGGGCUUGACAUGCAGUUCUAUCUGA